UAGUGCAGGUACUCCAUCCAACCCCUCACCGCCCACCACGCCGCACCAAUCCCAAACCUCGGCAUCUCAGGUACCUCACUAAUCACUAAUGAGAGGUCGCCAAUUUGAAUGCCCCAAAGUAAACGCCCGCCAAAGCCCAACGGAGCCCCCGGAUUUCGGAGUACCUGGGGCCGAAUGCGGUUCAGGUCGCCUUGCUGUCGCUCACCUCUCUGUCGCUCACCUCUCCGAAUCCCACUCUUCUUCUCACUGCCCGAAUACUCACUCGCACGCACACAAAAAGAAACAACUCCAUCGUUGAAGCCAAGAUAUUCCCUGGCAUCUCCGUAUUCCCCGGCAUCUCCACCUUCACCACAUCCGGCGAGCUAUUCUGUCUCCGCUACAUCCGUGCAGUGCACCGUCGUCUCACCGAGACAUUCUGUCCAGCCACAUGCCCGCCGCCGCGCCGCCGCCACCUCUGCUGCCCGAGCUCCCGGCUCUGCAAAACGACGACUCGAUGCUGACUCGCCGUUUCGGAAAGGAGGUCGUCAACUACUAUGCGGGUAGCCGCGUGAACCGCUACUCGUUCCUUCGUGCCGAUGCCGCAUUCCUACGGAGAGCUGCCGCCAGCCCCACUGCCCGUUAUCUGGCUCUCGACGAUCUGAAUGCCCUCGUUGUGGACAAGACAUCCCUAUCCUAUCUCUCCUUUGAGGAUGUCAAGUCUCUAAUUGGUCCAGAGCCCUUCCACCUCCCCGAAGACGAGUCCAUCAAGGCUUUCGACUCGGCCCAGACCGCGCCCCUCGUUGUCUUCCUAGGCAUGCUGGAAGAGGGCAGCGAGCCGGGUCACAUUGAAUCUGGUGACCAUGGCGAUAUCAAGGGCCAACCCUACUUUGCCAUCGACAUCACCGCCAAGGGCACCCAUGCCGACAAGGCCACCGAGUUCCUCAAGUCCCAAGAGGCGAAGGGCCUCUCAGUAGAUAAGAACCCGAGGGGAAUAACUCUUCACCCUGAAGCAGCCGCCCUGUAUGCCCAGGCCAGAUCCAUGAUUGACUGGAAUGCCCGAAGCCCAUUCUGUGCUGGUUGCGGAAACCCGAACCUGUCCGUCCAUGCUGGCUACAAGCGGGUUUGCCCCUCCACAGACAAGAAAGGAGGUUCCGAGGCGCAGUCUCGGGGAGACUGUCCCACCCGUCACGGUGUCUCCAACAUUUGCUUCCCUAGAACGGACCCAACCAUGAUUGCCGCUGUCGUUUCCGCCGAUGGCCAACGAAUUCUGCUCGGACGCCAGAAGCGCUGGCCUCCGUACUGGUACAGCACUCUCGCCGGCUUCCUGGAGCCAGGCGAGUCCAUCGAGGAGUCAGUGAGACGCGAGGUUUGGGAGGAGAGUGGCGUCCGUGUUGGUCGAGUCGUCAUCCACUCUAGCCAGCCUUGGCCCUACCCCGCCAGUUUGAUGAUCGGUGCCAUUGCGCAGGCGUUGCCCGGAGAUGCCGAGAAUAUUAUCCUGAAUGAUAAAGAAUUGGAGGUGGCCCAGUGGUUCACCAUGGACGAGGUUCGCAAGGCGUUGGAGUUUGGCACUAGCGGUCUAGGCGCCGCUGCUCCUGAGGGCUACACGGAGGGCGACCUGCGUCUGCCACCACCCCAGGCUAUCGCCAACCGACUGAUAAACGCCGUGGCCGAGGGCUUUUUGACUACGGCCCCGAAGAUCUAAUGAGAAAUGCGAGAAAUGAAGGAUGUAUAGGUACUUCAAAGAAGAUACGAUGAUCAUCCCGGGGGGUUGACACCAUACGAUGAGACACAUAGACAAUAGAGAGUAUUGAAGCCCGUGACAGUAGUCUGAAG